GUGAGGUUGCGCAAUUUGGGCUUUUCGUCUAGUUUAGUGGUGGGGAGAAUUUUAUUUUCUAUUCUUAGUCCCAGUUGGUUUGGGGUUUGGGUGGGGAUGGAAAUAAACUUGUUUGGGGCUUUAACUCUGUUAGUAAAUAAUAAAAAGCGUACAAUUGAUUCUAGGUUUAAGUAUUUUUUUGUUCAAUCUUUUGGGUCCAGAAUUAUGAUUAUAAGAAUUGCUGUUGGUAGGUGAUCAAGGUUAGGGCCAUUAGUGUCGGGCUUUAACUUAGGUUUGAUGGUAAAGGUUGGGGCAGCUCCUUUUCAUUUUUGGGUUGUAGAAGUAUUAGAUAAUAUUUGAUUGGAGAGGAUGUGGUUUUUGUUGACGGUGCAGAAGGUGGUUCCUUUGUUCUCUAUUUGUCAUGGUUUUCAUGAUGGUUGGGUUAUUUAUGCUUGUAGGGGUGUAAGAGUGCUAGUGGGGGCUGUUUGUGGGGUGGGUGCCACUCGGCUCUCUCGGUUUGUAGGUUAUUCUUCUGUAGCUCAUACUGGGUGGAGGCUAGCGUCUUGUUUAGGGGGGCUAGGCUUGUUGGUGUAUUAUCUAUUUGCUUAUUGGGUUUCUUUAGGGGGGCUGUUGUCAUUAAUAAGAGGUGACGGGUAUUUAUGUUCUGUAAGGGGUGGGAGUGUUCGACGGUCUUCUUUUAGUGGCGGGAUUUGUAUUUUCUUGCUGUCUUUAGGGGGAUUCCCACCGUUUUUGGGAUUUUUUAGUAAAUUGGCUGUUCUUUUUUGCGUAGCGAGGACUUUUCCUCCGCUUAUAAUUCCCUUGGCACUGGGGUCUGUUAUUGGUUGAGGUUAUUAUUUAUUUGUAAUAAGGUUUUGUAUUAUUAGGGGAGGUAGAAGAGUGAAGCGAGACAAAAGGGAUCGUUUGGGAGCCCCUUUUUUGUUACUGAGACUUCCUUAUUUAUUUUCCAUGCACAUCUUUUUCUAA